UCUAAGUUAGCAACUAAUAACUUUUUAAAUUUCUAUGGAGGAGCAAUAAUUUAUAAAAUAAUUUUUUGUUGGGCUGAAAUUGGCGCUGCAAAACCCCAGACUCCCCACCGCAUCGAUUACUCCGCCUAUCUCAGCGUCUUUUGUCCGUCAGUAAUGUACUGAUACUCUAAACCCUCCUUUUCCGAUGGCUCUCCCGCCGCCAUAUGACCCCUACUACCUAGCCCAACCGGAGUUCGUCUACAGCAACGAUGGCAAUGGAAUCAAUACGCUUUUUGUGUCCGGCCUUCCCGACGACAUCAAGGCUCGUGAGAUUCACAACCUCUUCCGCCGGCGACCUGGUUUUGAGAACUGCCAGCUCAAGUAUACCGGCCGUGGAAACCAGGUUGUUGCAUUUGCGACUUUUGCAAAUCAUCAAUCAGCAAUGGCAGCUCUACAUUCAUUAAAUGGUGUUAAAUUUGACCCUCAAACUGGAUCCACUUUGCACAUCGAACUUGCAAGAUCAAAUUCAAGAAGAAAAAAUAAACCAGGAAGUGGACCGUAUGUGGUUAUUGAUAAUAGGACUAAAUCUGCAACUGAUGAUAGGGAAUCGUCAGGUGAUGAUGCUUCAGGAGAUAGUGAUUCUGAUGAUCCACCUGGGAAUCAUGACUCUGGAAACCAAGAUGAUUCAGCAACAGAGAAAAGCUUGGGGAAAGCAGCUGAUGGUAACAAUGCUUCUGCUCCAGAAAAUGAGCAACUGGAAAAAACUGCAGAUGGCGCAUGUUCUACUCUGUUCAUCGCAAACCUAGGUCCAAAUUGCACUCAAGACGAAUUGAAGCAAGUUAUUUCUCAAUACCCAGGAUUUAACAUCCUCAAGUUGCGGGCUAGAGGUGGAAUGCCAGUGGCAUUUGCUGAUUUUGAGGGAAUUGAACAAGCGACUGCGGCCAUGAAUGCACUUCAAGGAAUCUCACUGCCAUCAUCUGACCGGGGUGGCAUGCAUAUAGAAUAUGCAAGAUCCAAAAUGAGGAAGGCCUAACUCAGAAGCCCCUUGAAAGGACAUUUCGGGUGCCCAACAUCAAAUGGAAACAGGGUCCAUUGCUGCCUAGAGAUUAUAUUGUAAUUCAAUAUUCUAUGUUAUUUAAUGCUUUAAGCCUUUAGUUUUCUAUGCUCAUAGAGCAUAAACCAAACUUUUGUAUCCUCAUAUUGAGCAAUGCCAUCAAAUUUCUCUUGUAAUUUAUACUAUUCAAUUAAUAAUCUAAUGGUGAAAGAUAGGAAUAAUAAA